AUGUCCUACUUGUGGAUUUGGUUGCCUGUCUUUUAUGACCAUUUACCCGUGUGUAUGAGUCCAUGUGCUGAUGAGUCGGUGUUUUUCUCAUCAGGCCUGGAAGGCCAAGCCCAAUGGGCAUCUCCCGCGUACGCAGACGAAGACGAGAAACCUGCUGCUCCUGUCCCUGUCUCCGACUCCAAGCCUCCUGCUCACGGCAGCAUCCCCGCCGCCGCUGCCGACGAAGACGAAGGUGCCCCUUUGCUCGCCAAGGUUCUUUUCUUUGGCGUUUUGGUCACCGGCCUCGUCGUGUAUAUUCGCCUUCGCCGCGCCCCUAAGGGUAGCUACUGGGGUCAGGGCGGUGGUAACUAG